AUAUCUUUAUUUUUAUAAUAAUAAUCUUUAAUUCUUAAACUAAUAAUUCCAUUACCGAUAAAAUAAUGCUCAAUUAGGACGUUAGGUAAUAGGUAUAUUAUUAUUAUCACCUUAACAUUUAACACAUCGCUGUAACCUUCAUUCCACGUCUUGGUAGUAUUGGAACCAAAAUAUAAGUAUCUAUUCGAAAAUGACUUCAAAGGUAAUUUCGGUGUACGAAAAUACACAAAAGCUGGGUGCAGAAUUGGCAAAAAAUCUCUCGGAACUUGCCAAUGAUGUGUUAGCUGAAGGAGGAAAUGCAGUUUUUAAAAUUGGACUUUCUGGUGGAUCGGUUGUGUCGCUUUUAUCUGAAUAUUUAGCCAAAGUUGAAACAGAUUGGUCAAAAUGGAGAUUUUUUUUUUGUGACGAAAGACUGGUGGAAUUUAAUGAUCCAGAGUCUACAUUUGCUCAGUACAGAGACAAAUUUAUCAGUAACCUUCCAAUCAGUGAAGAUCAAUUCAUUAAAAUAAAUCCUCAACUUUCUGUUGAAGAGGCAGCUAAAGAUUAUAUCCAAAAGAUGUCUGUUUAUUUUGCACCUUAUGAUUUGCCUCGGUUUGACGCUUUGAUAUUGGGCGUAGGACCGGAUGGACAUACAUGUUCUUUGUUCCCUGGACACAAAUUAUGUGAAGAAACAUCAGUAUGGGUAGCUCCAAUUUCCGAUUCACCAAAACCUCCUCCAAACAGAAUUACUUUUACAUUUCCAAUCCUCAACAAUGCUAGAUAUUGUGCAUUUAUAGCAACUGGUAGCUCAAAAGCUGAUAUCUUGAAGCGUAUUCUUAAAGAUGGUGAACAAUUACCAGCCAAUUGUGUACAGCCAGUAAAUGGUAGUGUACAAUGGUUAUUAGAUGAAGCUGCAGCCAAGCUAUUACAAGAAGAAACAUCUUUGUAAAUUAUUUAUGUUACUUAAAACAAGGUAUUGGUUAAGAAUGGAAAUAAUUUAUUUUUUACAUUUUGGUGUUUGAUAAAUUUUGCCCUGAUAAAAUUCAUACUCUAUUUGUAAUUAUUUUAUUUUAUGUGUGAAAGAAAACAUCUAUAACGAAGUAAAUGAUUUAUAAAUUAUAA